GAUUUCCAGUGACCCCUGUAGGGUCCUGUGAAGGAUCUGAGGGCUUCGAGAGGAAGAAAGGCCAGCGCUGGGGGUCCCUGGAGCACUGGGGUCAGACCAUGGAUGGGGAAGUACUGCUCCCAGCUCUGUAUGAGGAGGAAGAAGAAGAGGAAGAGGAAGAGGAAGAGAAAGAGAAAGAGAAAGAGAAAGAGACAGAGACAGAGACAGAGACAGAGACAGAGACAGAGACAGAGACAGAGACAGAGACAGAGGAGCAGGACAGCAAUAUGAAGCCCCUACAGGUAAGCAAGCCUCGGGGGCUGAGCCUCACUGAGACAGAGCUGGAAGAGCUGAGGGCCCAGGUGCUGCAACUGGUGGCUGAGCUAGAAGAGACACGGGAGCUGGCUGGACAGCAUGAAGAUGAUUCACUUGAGCUACAAGGACUCCUGGAGGAUGAGCGUUUGGCCAGUGCCCAGCAGGCAGAGACCUUCACUAAGCAGAUCCAGAAUCUCCAGGGUAAUACAAGGGUUUGAUGUAGGAAGGAAGGAGUAGGGGAAUA